AUGAAGAGGCUUUGCUCAAAGGCAUCCUUCAUUUUAUUAGCCACUCUCAUCUUAACAAGUUGCAUUGACUCUGAGGCUCAAAAGUGUCGCCCAAGUGGAAGAAUAAGAGGAAAGAAAGCCCCUCCAGGAGAAUGCAACCAAGAGAAUGAUUCUGACUGUUGCGUAGAUGGCAAAAUGUACACAACAUACGAAUGUUCACCACCUAUGUCCAGCCACACCAAGGCCCAUCUCACUCUCAACAGUUUUGAGAAGGGUGGUGAUGGUGGUGGCCCUUCAGAAUGUGACAACCAGUACCAUUCUGAUGACACACCGGUCGUAGCACUGUCUACAGGGUGGUUCAACCACAAGAGCAGGUGCCUCCACAACAUCACCAUUAGUGGGAAUGGUAGAAGUGUGGUGGCCAUGGUGGUUGAUGAGUGUGACUCAACACAGGGAUGUGAUGCAGACCAUGACUAUCAACCUCCAUGUCCCAACAACAUUGUAGACGCUUCAAGGGCUGUAUGGAAAGCCUUAGGAGUGCCCCCAAAUGAGUGGGGUGGCUUUGAUAUCACAUGGUCUGAUGCUUGA